UUAUGAACUCCCUGUUACUUAUGAGAAGGUGGAAUCCAUGGACCGGAGGACAGGGGCCGCUGUCGCCCCGUGUGGCCGCAGGAGGAACUGCAGGACUGGACUGCUGCAUCCAUCUUCCUCCUCCUCCUCCUCCUCGGUUCAGUCCAUAAACAGCGGGCUGUUUGACAGAUUUCGUUUACAGUUUACAGGCUGUUUCUUCUUGUACGUCUUGAUGGCGUCUAAUGAUUAUUCCCAAGCGUCCUCUCAGGGUUAUGGGUCCUAUGGUGGUGGAGGUGGUGGAGGAGGUGGAGGAGGUGGUGCUAACCAGGGCUACGGCCAGUCUUCUGGACAGAGUUACAGCCAGCAGGGCUAUGGAGGCUACAGCCAGGGCUCUGACAGCAGCCCCGGCUCCUACAGCCAGGGAGGGUACAGCGGCUAUGGUCAGCCCCCGUCAGGAGGAUACAGUUCUCCAUCUUCUAACCAGGGCGGUGGUGGCGGCGGCGGUGGUUAUAGUCAUUCUGGUCAGUCCUACGGUUCUGGAGGCUACAACAACAACAACCAGCAAUCCAACAUGAGCUACAAUCAGCAGUCAUCCUUCUCUGGAUACAGCCAGCAGCAGCCUCCACCUUCGUCCUCUUCAGGCUAUGAUGGCGGCUCACCGACUUCUGGCUACAACCAGCCACUGAGUGGUGGACAGAGUGGUGGUGGUUACAGCGGCAGUGGUGGUCAGUCUGGUGGUUACGGAGGCAGCGGGAGCCACCUACAACCAUCCCAACACGGAGGAGGUCACUACAACCAGCCUCCAAGCUACAACUCCCCCCCUCCACAGAGCUACAGUCAGCAGAGCCAAUACAGUCAAGGUGGAGGAUACGGAGAUGAAAGCCCACCAUUGAGCGCAGGAGGUGGAGGGUAUGGUGGUCCCGACGGAGGAUACGGUCAGGACAGCCGCGGUGGCAGGGGCCGUGGGGGAUUUGGAGGUCGAGGUGGUGGCGGCUAUGAUCGCGGGUUUGACCGAGGUGGUCGAGGUGGACCAAGAGGGCGAGGAGGCAUGGGAAUGGGCGAUCGUGGAGGAUUCAAUAAGUUUGGUGGACCAAGAGAGCCAGGACUUGGAGGGCUGGGCUUCAUGCAAGACCAGGAUAACUCUGAUAAUAACACCAUCUUUGUGCAAGGCCUGGGAGAUGACUUCACUGUUGAAUCAGUGGCAGACUUCUUUAAGCAGAUCGGGAUCAUUAAGGUCAACAAGAAGACGGGCCUGCCAAUGAUCAACCUGUACACAGACAGAGAGACGGGGAAGCUGAAGGGGGAGGCCACAGUUUCCUUCGAUGACCCCCCCUCAGCUAAAGCCGCCAUCGACUGGUUUGAUGGCAAGGACUUCAAUGGAAAUCCCAUCAAGGUGUCUUUUGCCACCCGCAGAGCUGACUUUGGAGGCCGAGGUGGCAUGAGAGGAGGUCGGGGACGAGGUGGGCCGAUGGGUCGGGGUGGAUUUGGAGGGGGUCGAGGUGGAGGCUUCCCAGGAGGCAAUGGAGGAGGAGGAGGAGGAGGAGGAAGUGGUGGAGGUGCAGGAGGAGGAGGAAGUGGUGGAGGUGGAGGAGGAGGAGGCGGCCAACAGAGAGCCGGAGACUGGAAGUGUUCAAACCCCAACUGUGGCAACCUGAACUUCUCGUGGCGUAACGAGUGUAACCAGUGCAAGGCCCCGAAACCUGAGGAUGCUGGCGGGAUGCCCCCGAUGGACAGAGGAGGUUAUGGAGGCGAGCGCAGAGGCGGGUUUGAGCGUGGCGGCUUCAGAGGUCGAGGUGGCGACCGCGGAGGUUUCAGAGGGGGGAGAGGAGGCGACCGGGGAGGAUACGGCCCUGGGAAGAUGGACGCAAGGGGUGACCGCAGACAGGAGCGGCGGGGCCGUCCAUACUAACUCACACGUCAGUACAGAUACCAUAUGUGAACCGUCGCCCGGCCCGGCCCGGCCCGGCCCGGCCCAAACCGUCACCUUUUAUAUAACUGUGUGUAAACUUUGAUCCUCUUUAUUCAGUGUGCAGAAAAGUGUCUGGCUGUGUUUUGUUUUGUGUGUUCUUCACAUCUGUCCACUUCCUUCUGCUGCUCAGUGGGGCCUCAUUUAGAAAAACUAGAGUGGAUAUUCGUAGAGUGCAUACCUCCGCCAAAGCCCUCCUGGAUCUGUUUAUUUAUCCGGAUCCAAUCAGAGAGUUAACAGAGUUUAUUCCAUCCUUCAGCCAAAUUUUGUGGAAAUCCCUUCAGUAGUUUUCACAGCAGGAUUACAUGUAAGAGCAGCAACUAACGACUGUUUCCAUCCUCAAUAAAUCAGCAGCAUCACUCUGGUUCUUAAUACUCUCACUCAAAUCUUCAGCAUAUUGUUGGAAAAGAUCAUAAUUUAUGAUCAAGUAAAUCCACUUUAUUAAAUGAGGUCUCAUGUCACUGCAGAUGUUUAGAUAGAACUGUUGUUGUUGUAUUUAUUAUUUAUGAGUUGUUUUGUAUUGUGCAUGUGCUGGUUUUCAGAUGAAAGUGUUGAAACAACCAAAUAAAAUGUCUGACAGGCUCGA